AAUGGAGCAGCUGAAGGAAAAGCUGAUGAAGGAGUGUAUUGGGGGAAAGCGGCUGGUGGUAGUCCUUUCGAGGUCACUUGUCUGUUCAACGCAACAGCAGUCCAACAGUGAGAAGCUGGAUGUGCUCAACAGUGUAGAUACUGAAAUCGAUUUGGUAUGUUUGGAGAGAGACCUGGAUGAGAAAGAACAAGAGGAAGACCUCAGUUUUUCACAAGUUAUGCCAUCAUACCAGCAACCGGCAGACACCCAGGCACUGGAUGUGGUGUUACCUAAAACUUGUGAGGAAGGAAGUGCCCAGUAUCCUUCUGAGAGGGACCUGGAGGAAGAGAAACUACAGAAGGAACUUGUGGCCCCAAUAUGUAGUCAGCAGCACAAAUCCCAGAAAUUGGAUGUGGGUGAAACACUGAAGCAGAUGAUGAAAAGUGCCAAAAAAACAGCUAUUGAAAGGCAAAUUCGUGGUGGUACAAGUGUGCAUGAGGAGCGCUCCACCUCAAGCGCAUCGGGCAUCCCUGAAAACAACAAUGAGGACCUGAGGCGGGAGCUCACAGACCUCAAGGCUGAGGUGAAGGAGAUCAAAAGGGACCUAGAUAUCUUGAGAGGGAAGCAACGCACCACUGUGCCUAUUUUAUUACCCAAAGCAGGCACCAACCUAGAACACCUACUUGACACCUUUACUACAUCAAUGGUGGGACCUGCCCAGAGUAAUAAAAAAGUGCAAAAUGACAAACAAAUAAGAAGCCAUGUUGAGAAGUGGAUCCUUCACACGUGGGGAUCACGGGCGGACAUCAAUAAAUCUCUCCAGUUCCUUGGGGACAUUGGGAAAUUGGUUGGAUUCAUGCAGAGUCUUGCUGAUUCUGGCAAAGCACCCAGCACCCAGCAACACUUUGCCUUGGAUAUAGAGAAAUUUCUCAUUUUCCUGAAAAGGUACAAUCUCCCUUACAUGCGCCUCAGUACUAGGGCUAUUGAUUCACUUUUGAUAAAGUUGAAGGCCUGGAGGAAAGGGCUUUUGCCCCAAGUCAUUCUGCAACAGCAAGAAUACAAAAAGCAAAAAACAGACAACCUCAUCCAAAGUGUGGAUUUGCUGAGAUUUGUUGAAGUUGGCACAAAAAAGUUAGCUGAGGCCAUUGACCAUCUGGCUAAAAACCUUACAUCUCAGAAAGCCCUUAAGCAGGUGGUAGGCCUUCUUGUUGGGGUGAUGGCUACAUCCUCUGGCCAUAGACGAUGUGUCUUUUUAAACAUGCGCCCCAUGAAUGUCAUGGGGGCCGAAAAACAGAAGGACACAGUGACAAUUUCUGUCUCUGACCAUAAAACUAGUGGAAGCUUUGGCAGAGCAAAGCUUACUGUUACAAAGGAGUUGUGGGGGCACCUCAAACAAUUUCUUGGCUUGCGACCAAAACUCCCUGGAUACCAGUUUAGGCCAUCUACAGUUUUUUUCAGUUGCUCAGGAGCGGAGAUGCUUACCAUGGGGAAAUGCGUUACCACUGCUUGGAGGUACAUUGGCUUACCUGGAAAGCCAAAUUUGACAGACAUCCGCACAGCCAUCUGCACCUACACUGAGAGGAAUCUUGAGGACUCAGAACGCAAGAAGGUAGCGUAUGGCAUGUGCCACAGUCUUGAAACCUCAAGAAAGUUUUAUGUGCCAGAGGCAUCUGCAAAGGACUGCUCUAAAGUGAGAAUCUGGAUAAUGUCAUCACUUUUGAAAGAUGCAAAGGAAGUUGCAGGAAUUAGGAAAGUAACCCAGCCUGCACAGGCACCCAGCCCCUCACAGGACCAGGCAGGUGGAUCCAGCCCCUCACAGGACCAGGCAGGUGGAUCCAGCCCCUCACAGGACCAGGCAGGUGGACCCAGCCCUUCACAGGACCAGGCAGGUGGAUCCAGCCCCUCACAGGACCUUGCAGGUGGACCCAGACCCUCACAGGACCUUGCAGGUGGACCCAGCCCUUCACAGGAGCAGGCAGGUGGAUCCAGCCCUUCACAGGACCUUGCAGGUGGACCCAGCCCCUCACAGGACCUUGCAGGUGGACCCAGACCCUCACAGGACCUUGCAGGUGGACCCAGACCCUCACAGGACCUUGCAGGUGGACCCAGCCCCUCACAGGACCUUGCAGGUGGACCCAGACCCUCACAGGACCUUGCAGGUGGACCCAGACCCUCACAGCUGGCAGUACCAGGCCCUUCACAGGAAACAUCUUGGACCCCAUACCGAAUCCGUCCUUUGAGUCCCAUCCAGGAGUCGGACUCUGACUCCAGCAGCUCCUCCAGCAGCCAGUCCAGCAGCUCCUCAAGUAUCCACUACAACAGCCCUGAAUCCUCAGACAGUGAGGACUCCAACUAAUUAUGUUUUUUUUUUAUUUGAGUAAAGUGGGUAGUGUAAAAGUGUUGAUGAGUGUUGUUGUGUUUUGAAAAGCAUAAAUGUAUUGUGAUUACUCUAAGUAAAAGGAAGUUUCACAGUAGCAAUUGUGGUGUUUUUUGUCAAUACAUCAUAUGUAGACAGAUAGAUAGAUACUUCAUUGAUCCCCAAGGGGAAAAUCAAGGUCUCAGUAGCAUACCGACAUCACACACAACAUUUGCACACACUGCACUUACAGCAGUAAAUAUAAAUAACUAAUAAUAUGUUGUCCCUCUGUAACAACCACAUACUCUCCAUAACAAAGCCAACAUUAAUAUAGAGCUGAAGAUAGAAUUAUGAGUAGAAAAUAUAGA